AUGAUCUCUCGUGUCCUUAUCGCUACUUCCCUGGCUCUCCUUGCGGUCGCCACCCCGUGGAACACCCCUACGACCACGGCUACGACCACAGUCACUGUGACUGCCACGCCGCCGACGGCGACGACGGCGAGCCAGUGCGACACCAGUGACCUUCAAUGUUGCCAGUCUACCGAGAAUGCCAACUCCGUGGCGGGGAGCCUCUUGCUCGGCGUGCUCGGCAUUGUCCUCGAGGACCCCAAUGUCCUUCUUGGACUAGAUUGUACCACCCUGGGAGUAGGAGGUAACUGCAAUGCUCAGCCGGUCUGCUGCUCCGACAACUCUGCAGUAAGCUUAGGGCAUUAUAAUUCAGAGAAACGUGUAUCUUAA